UUGCGACAAUAGGACGUUUUAACUUACAGCAGUGUGGCAGUUCUUUGAUUCAAUCUGCCAGCGGGAGCUAAAAUCUGUAUAUUUAGGAACAUAGACUUUUUCACUUUUCAUUUAUCUAUCUGUCAUGGAUGUUGGGGAACUGCUAAACUACCAGCCGGACCGCGGCACAAAACGACCCCGCAAAGAUGAGGGCGAGGGGGAGCUGCGAGGCAGACAGAAGCUGGCAGGUCCGAGGGAAUCUGGCUGGCCCCAGGAAGGGGACAACUUGGACAGCGAGGACAACAGCGACAAGAAGAAACUUUUGGAAAAGCUCAUGGACCACGACGAGGAUCUGGAGUCUGAACCUGUGGAUGAAAGCUCUGUAAAGAAGAUGAUUCUGACGUUUGAGAAGAGGGCCUAUAAAAACCAGGAACUGCGGAUUAAAUUUCCCGACAACCCUGAAAAGUUCAUGGAGUCAGAGCUGGAUCUGAAUGAUAUUAUCCAGGAGAUGCAUGUGAUUGCCACCAUGCCAGACCUCUAUCACCUGCUCGUCGAGCUGAAUGCAGUCCAUUCCUUUCUCGGGUUACUUAGCCAUGAGAACACUGAUGUAGCCAUUGGAGUGGUAGAUCUGUUGCAGGAGCUGACAGAUAUUGAUACACUUCAGGAGAGCGAGGAAGGGGCUGAAGUGCUUAUCGAUGCUUUGGUGGAGGGGCAAGUGGUGGCGUUACUGGUACAGAACAUGGAGCGACUAGAUGAGCAGGUGAAGGAGGAGGCAGAUGGCGUCUACAACACACUUGGUAUAAUUGAGAAUGUGGCUGAAUUCAGACCUGGAAUGUGCACAGAAGCUGCUCAGCAGGGCCUAAUGCAGUGGCUGUUAAAAAGAAUAAAGGCAAAAAUGCCAUUUGAUGCAAACAAGCUGUACUGCAGUGAAAUCCUAGCCAUCUUGCUUCAGAACAACGACAACACCAGGGAUCUGCUGGGAGAACUGGAUGGGAUUGAUGUGUUACUGCAGCAGCUUUCUGUGUUCAAGCGGCACAAUCCGUCCACUGCAGAGGAGCAGGAGAUGAUGGAGAACCUCUUUGUAUCUCUGUGCUCCUGUCUCAUGUUGGCAUCCAAUCGGGAACGCUUCCUGAAGGGAGAGGGUCUGCAGCUCAUGAACCUCAUGCUAAGAGAGAAGAAGAUGUCUCGGACAAGUGCGCUCAAAGUGUUGGACCAUGCCAUGAUUGGCCCAGAGGGGUCAGAUAACUGCCACAAGUUUGUAGACAUCCUGGGGUUACGGACUAUCUUUCCCCUCUUCAUGAAAACCCCCAAGAAAAUGAAGAAAGCUGGCUUCUCUGACAAGGAACAUGAAGAGCAUGUGUGCUCCAUUAUUGCCACAAUGCUGCGGAACCUGAAGGGCCAGCAGAGAACGCGUCUGCUGAGCAAGUUCACAGAGAACGACUGUGAGAAGGUCGACAGGCUGAUGGAGCUGCAUUUUAAAUACCUGGAAGCAGUUCAGGUGGCUGAUAAGAAGAUUGAAGGAGAGAAACAUGAUAUGGUGCGCCGAGGCGAGAUUAUUGAAGACUCCGUGGAAGAGGAAUUCUAUCUGCGUCGCUUGGAUGCUGGGCUCUUUGUCCUUCAGCUGCUCUGCUACAUCAUGGUGGAGAUUAGCAGUGCCGGCAUUCCCCAGCUUCAACAGAGGGUGCACCAGAUUCUGAAUUUGCGAGGUGGCUCAGUCAAAGUUGUGCGACACAUCUUGAGGGAGUUUGCAGAAAACCUAGGAGAUGGAAAGAGCGAAGAAUUUAAAGAAAACGAAAAAAAGACCAUUCUUGACUUGCUAGAAAACUUCUAACCUAUCAUACUUAACUGUGGAACAAGAGUUCUGAACAUCUAGAUCAAUGGAGGAAAUGUCGCAAUUCACUGGUACCUUGCAACUGUGUAUUCCUGAAACUAAGAUCCAUCCACUUCUUUUUGUCAUCAACGUUUCAUUGUACUUCUUGAUCUGUAUUAAAGCAGGAUGUUGAUGCUAAUGUCUGCAGUGACAUUCCAAGCAGUGCUUAAAAAAAAAAAAAAUGUUAAUCUUUGUUAAUAGAGACUGAGAGUCUAUUAAAGUGUAUAGGUGAAAAGCAGUGAUGUGUGAAAUUAAAGAUUGCAUUUCAUUCUGUACUCUGUGUGUGUGUAUUUGUCAUGCUCCUAUAUUGCUGCAGUGGUUCCGCUAUUUUUGUAUUUUUAGAUUCUAGUACAUCCUGUAUAGCUACAAAUGUCAUUUGAAGAAAAAAAAUAAAAUAAAACUGUGAUUUGCAAUUUUGAAUGGUUCAGAUAUUGAGUCCAACUUGUUUCUGUCUUGGUUGCAGUCCUGAAACAUGGGGUUAACCCCAACGUUACUCAAACAUCGUGCUUACUGUCAUACCUAAUAUCUCUUAACAAUCAGUCAUUGCAUCCCCAUUGAUUCUGACAGAGCCAUUUCACUUGCUGAUAAAUAGUAAUAAUUUAUAAUAACAAAUUUACUAAUUGUAAUAAAUUGCCCUAGGUAGAAAAGUGACUUGUUAAAUGUCUGACCUUUUAUAAUGGUGCUAAAAUGUUCCACUUGCCUUUUUUGGCCACGAGAUCACCUGCUUUAUCAUCUUGUCAUAUUAAAUGCCUAGAAGUGACAGGCUGCAACUUUACCAUUGAUUCUUUCCAUUGUCUGGAAAGGAUCAAGUUCCCUGGUAACAGGCUGCCUGCAGUUCUUAACUGAGCAAAUGCAGAGCCCUGGUAGGUGUCACAGGUUGCUCUGUCUGCCGACGCCAGCAUGAAUUCUGUCUGCGCCACUGCACGCUCUAGUCUGAUCAGUUGAGGGGAGGGGGGCGGGGCUUUUGAAAAAAAUGUAAAUGUUGUUUCCCAGUAAAGCGUAAAGUUGCCCCUACGUUUUAUCAAUUUAUUUGUUACCAAUAUGAUGAUAUAAAAAUGUAUUCAGGCAAAUGGCACAUUUGGGAAGUGGAGAAGCAACCUAUCCAGCAUUUAAUAUAAGAAAUCCAAAAGACAGCACAUAAUUGCUAGCUGAGUGGAUAAAACCAAGUCAUGCAUUUUAUUGUUCUAUUGAACUCCUGAGGUCGCUGCCCCUCAUUUUGUCACCCAAAUCGCAUCCUGUCACAGUUAUGAAUGUUUAGUGGUAAUUUCACACACUUUAUCAUCAUUUAACAUGCUUUUUCCGCCCAAUUCUUUCCUGUGCUUUGUGAUACAUUUUGCUGUGCUUGGCUAUGUCUUAUUGCACCUUUUAUUCUGAAUUACUGCAUUUUAACAUACAACAGGAAGCUUCUGUAAGCAUAGACAAGUAGAAAAGGGAAACCAACACACCAAGGAAAAGUUGAACAGUUUAAACAUAUCUGUAUAUUCCAAAAUUAAAUAUCGGCAAACAUAUUGCCCAGAUGUUGCACAUCUGCCUGCAUUCGAAUGAUUAAAGGUGCAGUAGCAAAAGUGACAGACACAAAACUUAUUUUAUUACGGUAAGGGAUUGACUAGAAGUAACUUACUUGUGCCGAACAGUUAAUAAUGAACAUGUUGUGUUUUUUAAUGGUGUGCAAAUAAGUUUUUUUUUGUCAGUUCAGCUAAUAUUUUAUUUAUUAUUAUGAUGUAUUCAUAUUCAGUUGUGAAGCUCAUGGAAAUUUCAUUUCAGGUCCCCUUGAUUUAUUUUUUUUUCCUCACCUUAGUACUAUAAAUAUGCAUAACUAGACAAUGAGAAUUGCAAGGCAACCCCCCCCCCCCCCCCCCCC